AUAUAAAAAGAUAGAAGAAACAUAAAAAAGGCAAAAGGGAAUUAAAUACGAUUUAUAAGCAGAUACAGUACUGGGAUUUUAAUUUGAGACUUUGAAAACAAAAGCGCGUAAGAGGUUGUAGAGGGUAGACGUUUCAAUCUCAAUCUCGCACAGAUCAAUGGCGGUUAAGCCAAGGCACGCGCGCCUUCAGACUCGCAAAACAUCGUCUUCUUCCUCCACGCUGGUCCUCACUUUGCUCGUCAUGUUCACUUUCGUGAUCCUCAUUCUUCUCGCACUGGGAAUACUCUCGCUCCCGAGCGGCUCCUCCGGCAACUCGGCCAAGGCAAACGAUCUCAGCUCGAUUGUACGGAAGAGCGCCGACAGAAAUGAAGAAGAAGGGGCAGGGGAGCAGUGGGUCGAAGUCAUCUCAUGGGAGCCGAGAGCAUUUGUCUAUCACAAUUUCUUGACCAAGGAGGAAUGUGAAUAUCUAAUCGAUCUUGCCAAACCUAGUAUGCACAAGUCAACAGUAGUUGAUAGUGAAACUGGAAAGAGCAAAGAUAGCAGGGUCCGUACAAGCUCUGGAACAUUUUUGCAAAGAGGGCGCGAUAAAAUUAUCAGGAACAUUGAGAAGAGAAUUGCUAAUUUCACCUUUUUACCUGUAGAACACGGGGAGGGACUUCAAGUUCUCCACUAUGAAGUUGGACAGAAGUAUGAGCCUCACUAUGACUACUUUCAAGAUGAGUUCAACACUAGGAAUGGAGGUCAACGUAUAGCUACGGUUCUCAUGUACCUCUCAGAUGUUGAAGAAGGGGGUGAGACUGUGUUCCCUGCUGCCAAAGGGAAUAUUAGUUCUGUGCCUUGGUGGGAUGAGCUAUCUGAAUGUGGGAAAAAGGGACUUUCUGUUAAACCCAAGAUGGGGGAUGCAUUGCUUUUCUGGAGCAUGAGGCCUGAUGCAUCUCUAGAUCCUUCAAGUUUGCAUGGCGGAUGCCCUGUGAUUAAAGGAAAUAAAUGGUCAUCUACUAAAUGGGUGCGUGUCAACGAGUACAAAAUUUAAACUAUUAUACCAAAGGCUAUACGAGUUCUUAUGUUGUAGUACUUGUCAACAUCUCAAGCCAGAGCUUCAGUACUUGUGCAUCAAGUCUCAUUUGUAACCUAAUACACCGAUCGGCGCCUGCAUGCCCCUUAGGUUUUGAUGUACUACAGCUGCUCAUCUACUAAAUCAAUUUUUGUUUCUUAGCUAUAUAUUCUUGUUAUCACAACCCCUGAUAAAAUAAAACAUCGAUCUUCUUUCUUUUUAAUGGGAAUUCCAACUCUCAGAAGGCUUAGAACAUUUGAGAGUUGUUGAAAAGAAACAGUAAAAA